CUCUGUGUCGUCAGUAUUGAGGAAGGACUAAAUCUGUAGGACAAAAAUAAUCCUACAAAGUUUCGAACAGUAUUACAGACGAAAGUUUCGAACAGUAUGGCAGACGAAAGUUAUGAAACUAUGCCGUCGUUAACUCCACAGUUAGAAAAGAGUAAUGAAACUGAUUUCCCUGGAAGCAACGAGAAUAUAUCACGCUAUAUGGUAGAAUUGGAGCUAGCGAAAUUGCGCAUAGUCCAAAAAGAGAAAGAAAUGGAAUUAGAAAGAUUACGACAAGGUAGUCGCGAAUGUUCUUGUCACAAUAAAUCGCCUUACAAACCUUCUACUUCUCAUAAAGUCUCUGUAUCUCUUAAUGAUGAGUUCGCCAGAGGCAUAUCUAAGUUUCUGGACAUGCCUAAAAGAUAUCAAUAUUUUAAGAUGGAUGCCGAUGAACUUGAGUAUUGGAUCAAUGAAAAACUGCAAACCUAUGCAAACGAGGAUUUUAAGGAACUGAGUAAUCUUCAGCUGAAAAAACAGAAACAUCAAGAGCUUGAGUUCGAA